UCUGAAAGCUCUUCUUCCAGAAAGAUUUCUGUCUCUAUUUGCUAUUACCUCAUGCUUUGUUUUGUAGUUUCCUCUUAAAUGGGUCUGAGUAAGUAAGCAAAUCUCUCUGCAGCUCUCUCCAUAUCUCUGUCCCCCCACUUAAUUUAAAUCUUUCCAAUUUUUCCUCUCUCUCUCUCGUGCUUCUGUGUCGCUAUCUCUGUCAUGGAUUCCGGUAACAGUACUGGCAGUAUGCAAUCCUCAAGUGGUGGUGAUGAGGAGUACGAUUCACGCGCCGAAUCGAUCUCGGCGUUCCUGAACCCAGCAAGCCAUCUCGGCCCAUUGCAUAACGCUCCGCAGCCGCCGCCACACCACCACCACCACCACCACCAAACCCUCCCCGCCUCCUCCUCUUCCAUGUUCGACCCUUUAUCAAACUACUUCGACCCCUUGUCGUCCUCACGCUCAAUCCCACUCACGAACCCGAAUUCUCUUUUGAAUCUCGAUAUGGUCUGGUCCAAAACACUAAGAUCUGACCCAAAUGCCACCGAUCUUGGCGGGUUGAUAACUCCCUCAUCCUCGACCCAAAGCCAAGCUUUUUUAACCCAUCAAUUCGGCGGACAAAGCAGAGACGGUAGUUUUUCCACCGUACAGAUCCCUCCGACGUCAGAACGGGCUUCAGUUUCUGUUUCGGGUACUAUUUCAGGUGCAAACAAUAAUCAAGCUGCAGGCAAUAACACUAACGUGGUUCGAAACCCAAAGAAGAGGUCCAGAGCCUCUAGGCGUGCACCUACCACCGUGCUGACCACAGACACCACCAAUUUCCGAGCCAUGGUUCAGGAAUUUACUGGGAUCCCCGCUCCGCCGUUCACAUCCUCGCCUUUCCCGAGAAGCCGCCUCGAUCUCUUCGGCACAGCUUCGACGUCUUUGAGAUCAGGGCACUUGGACCCUGCACAGCCUCCUUACCUUUUGAGACCCUUCGCUCAGAAAGUUCAGCCACCCCCAUUUCUGUCUUCUUCUCCCUCUUCUUCUUCCUCAGCUCCAUCCAUGUCUUUUCCUAGCUCUUCAAUGAUUGAUGUUUUAGGUUCUAAUUCAACUAGUAAUGCUUCUCAUUCAACUUCCAUUAACUACCAGCUUUCUUCUGAUUUAGGCCUAUUGAAGCAGCCCCAUGAUUUCAUCAACAUGCAAAACCCGAUUCUCAACCUACAGAAUCUCCUCCAAGCCCAACCUAAAUUCCCGCUAUCCAAUUCAGCCAUUAUUGGCUCUAAAAGUCAAGGUUCUUUGGAAAUCCCAUCCAACAAUUCUCACCUCAAAAUGGGCAGUGUUUUAGAGGAAUUUGGCUUAAGCCAUCAGCACGCUGGUACACAACUCAGUGGGCUUCCAAACAUGGUGUCUUCGGGAGGAACCACGUUGUCGAGAAGCGAGAACGAUCCUCCUACCAGCUGGGGAAACGACACGGGACCCCACGGCGGUGCUCAAGGGCUCUUGAGAUCACUCAACGCAAGCUAUGGUAACUCGGAGCGGAUUACCAAUGGCAAGUUGAAUUUCUCGGCGGCUGCUUCAUCGGAUUUUCAUGGCGAUAAGGGGCCGGAGAAUGUGGCUGCAGCAGCAAGAAGUGAAGGUAUGGUGGAAUCAUGGAUUUGUUCAUCAGAUUAGGCAUAACCAAAAUGAGAAAGGAAAUCACAAACAAUAACAAUGAUCAGAUGAGGUACUACUAGCAUAAGGAUGAUGCAUGGAAGAAAAUUAUCUUGGUGUUCUCCGUCUUUAGCAUGACCACCAACUUAAUGAGAACAUUUUUCUUCUUAAAAUAUGUAAAUAAUAUAUAGUCUCAUCUUUUUCCUUUCUUCUUCUUCUUCCUUUCUUCUGUCAUUUUCGUACAUUCAUAUACAAACAACGGCCAUGGUCUUUUCAAUGUUUAAUUGCCUUGUUUUCAACAGUAAG